AUGUCCACAACACUUUCCAUCCCGCAAGCUGCCCUGGACAUGGGUAUCGAGCUGGACUUCAUCAGUGACCCGGAGGACUGGUCCGACUUUGGCCUGAUGGAUAAUGAGGAGUCAUCGACACCGGAGGAGGCCGCAGCGCUGCGCGAGUUCGUACAGGCCUACUACACCCCAAACGCCCUGAACGCGGAAGAGACAGCUCGCAAACUCAUGUCGCUCAAUGAGGACCAUGUGCCAUGCGAUGGCGACUGGGACAAGGGUGAGCGAAUUGCCUAUCUGCUAUGGGAUGUUGGCAUUGAAAUGGUACAGCAUCAGGUCGCUAUCCUGGUACUUGUCGACGCUGCCAUGGCCCUUCCCCGUCUGGAUGCGACGCCUGAGCAGGAGGUCCGGUUUGGGGCGGAGAAGUUGGAGCGGUGGAGGUCAAUGGAGGACUUUUGGGAUGUCUGGGCAACUAGACGGAUGAGAUAUUAUGAAUGGCGGUAUCACCGGCGUGGUCCGGACACGGAAUAUCCCGCCUACCCACGUGCCAAUGCAUUCGUGGCCCGUCAUCUUGUGCUGCAUCCUCCCGACUUUUACUACACCUCUGAGCUGAGUGAAGCCUUCGCCAGGCUGUUCAUGACCCUUGAAAAGGGGUAUGGUCUUGAUAGUGGUUCCGCCCUCAGCUCGCGCGAAGCCCAAGUGCUUAAGACUGCUACCGACGUUCACGGCAUAAUCCCAUUCCUGGUGAUAGCAGGGGAUAUAAUGUACCGAUAUACCGACAGAGAUCUGAUAGCUUGGAGGUUCGCAGCGGCACAUCAAGAAAACCAUGAGCACAACACAAGCGAGUAUUGGCUGUGGUUAUGGUCAAGUGGUUCCGAAAGAUCCCUGUGGAAGGAAGAGAAGGGCGACGGACAUGAAUGGCUGACGCGGGAGAGGUGGGCUUUUUGGAAAAAAAGGUUGUUAUGGAUGUCCGAGCAAACCGAGCUCAAGCAGCGGACUCGGGACGAGGCGAUCAUGCUUGUGCAGGUGAUGACGGAGAUUGAGGGUCGAGGGG